AUGAAUACAGUUUUGGUUGUAGAUGACCUCAAAUUCGUUCUCAUGGAGGAAUGUCCUCCGACCCCUUGGCCCAACACAUCACAAAGUGUUCGUGAUGCUUACGAGAGAUGGACCAAGGCCAAUGACAAGGCAAAGGUCUAUAUUUUGGCAAGCUUAUUUGAAGUCCUAGCAAAAAAGCAUGAGACCAUGAUCACUGCAUGCUAUAUCAUGAACUCACUGUGUGACAUGUUUGGAAAACCUUCCUCACAAAUCAUGCAUGAUGCUCUUACGUUCAUCUUCACUACACGGAUGACUGAAGGAUCGUCUGUUACGGAACAUGUCCUUAACAUGACAAACCAUUUCAACAUUACUGAGAUGAAUAGAAGUCUCAUAAAUGAGCCCAAUCAGACUUUUGAGUCUUUGAUGAAAGCCAAAAGAAAUAAUGGGAAGGAAAACAUUGCUUUCUCCAAAAAGAAAAUUUUCAACAGAGGUUCAACCGCUGGAAAUAAAUUUGUGCCUCCAUCUUCAUCUGGUGUGAAGAAAUAG